CGUUGUUAUUGGGGAGAGAAAAAGACCGGCCUUUUGGCAAGCAAGAAACGCGAAGCUCGUCUUCCUGAAUAAGCUCAGAGAAAUGGCAGCCAUUUUAGCUCGCAAGUCUAUGUCCGCUAUUCGCUAUCGCCAUCUCGCUGCAGUGGGACAAACCUUGCAGGUUCCUAAUAUCCAUGGGACAAUUUUUGGUGCACGUUCCUUUGCAACCAAACAUUCAUUUUCCACUAAGAAAGAUGAUGAAGAAAGAGAGAAGCUUGCAAGAGAGAUCUCAAAAGACUGGAGUUCUGUUUUUGAGCGAAGCAUUAAUAUAUUAUUUCUAACUGAACUGGUUCGAGGGCUGUCUCUGACACUCAAAUACUUCUUCGAACCAAAAGUGACUAUCAAUUAUCCAUUUGAAAAGGGUCCUUUAAGUCCUCGUUUUCGAGGAGAGCAUGCCCUUAGACGCUAUCCAACUGGAGAGGAACGUUGUAUUGCCUGUAAACUUUGUGAAGCUAUAUGUCCAGCUCAAGCUAUCACUAUUGAAGCUGAGGAACGAGAGGAUGGCAGCCGUAGAACAACUAGGUAUGACAUUGACAUGACAAAGUGCAUAUAUUGUGGAUUUUGCCAAGAAGCAUGCCCUGUUGAUGCAAUUGUAGAAGGGCCCAACUUUGAGUUUGCUACUGAGACUCAUGAGGAACUGCUUUAUGACAAGGAGAAGUUGCUUGAAAAUGGCGACAGGUGGGAAACUGAGAUUGCUGAGAAUCUUAGAUCUGAGAGCCUCUAUCGCUAAAUCAGUUUCCUGUUGUCAUAUUUUCUCCCUCAACGCAUACAGUGAGCAUGUGAUGAAUAAAGUUAGAUGCUCUUCUGGCCAUUCUCGGGUUUUCUUGAUUUAUUGUGUCGCGACCCUUUUGCCCCUAAGUAUAAAUAGGUGUUGGUUGUAUUGGUUUUACCACACCCUUGAAAACGCUUUUGUAAUCUCUCAAUAUCGGUUAUUUUUUGCAAUCCCGUUAAUUUGUAUUGUUUAGUUCUCUUCUCAAAUCUCUGGAUACAUUCACAGUCUAUUCUCAAAUUUGUCCGGUAUACUUGUGAUAUUUCAUAUUUCCAUACUCUUGAUUAUUCAA